AUGGGGCUCAAAAAGCAGAUGCUCCAAUUCGAGGACCAACGCUCCGAUAUCGAAUCCGACUAUGAAUCCGACACCGAACCUGUGAUACGGAACCCAUUUCGACUACUUGAUCUCCCGUCCGAGAUACGCCUGCGCAUCUAUCAUUUUGUCCUGUUUACGCCGGCCCGGAAGAGUGCACUGCAACGCACCGGCAACGUGGGGGCCUCUGCGAAGAAGAGCAAACCUCUAGCACCAUCUUCGCACCGAGUUGGUCUGUUUCUCGCCUCCAAGAGAAUCCAUGAUGAAGCGACACAUCAUUUUUAUUCCACUCAAACAUUUCGGGUUCUGCCCGUUCAGGAUUUUCUGCGCAUGCCAACCGUUCGGGCCCUACCUCGUCGCCACCGCGCGUCUAUCACCACCAUUGAACUGAUUGUGGGAUCAAGUUGGACUGCACCACCGAAAACAUGGGUCAUCAACCAGGGCUUGGGGCUACAAGAUAUGCAUCUUGCUCGUACACUGAAAGUGUUUGUGCAAUGUGACCCCUCACACCCUGUGUUCGAGGGGUUCCGCAUUUCGAAAGAUUUCUAUACCAACUUCUGUGGUAACCUGCUACAUCAGAUUCUAGAGCGGCUACCUGGUCUGGUGCAAGUCGAAUUCGACGGAUGGCCCUCGGUCGACAAGAAUGGGCCACUGAUGUCUCGUCUGCUCGCGGAAACCCGAGGUGCCCAGAAGAAAGUCCUCUGGGGCCCUGAAAGAGGUUGGUCCGACCAUCAAGGAGACCGCCACAAAGACCACGGUCUCAGCGAUGCAGAUGCAGCUUUUGAUGGAAUGUUGUCACAUCCUCCUGAUCUUGUUGAGGCUUUGAGCAAAUCGCUUCAGACGGUCAAGCUAGAAUCUUGA